UGAUAUCAGGCACUCUGUGGUUAUCUAUUCCACCGUUAGUGAACAGCAUUUAGUACUUUAGUAACUGAAUGCGGUCAAUUUGUAAAUGCGUAACCUCCGAAAUGUGAACGAUAGAAUUACAAAUCAGGAAGAAUACUGGAAUAUUUGAUAGUCAGCUCGAUUAAGCCAUUAUAAACCGUGUAAAAAUUAGAAGAAAGUUGCUCAUUAGCAGAAAUCCCAAUAAUGAGUCAGUCAGAUGAGUUGGACUCUGAUAUACCAGACCGUGACACAUGCCAGAAGUUGACAGAGCAGUUUGCAGAGGUAACAGGAACGGAUGAGGCAUGUGCUCAGUUCUAUCUUCAGGACAGAAAGUGGGACCUUGAGAGGUCAGUAAAUGCAUUCUUUGAAGCUACUCAAAAAGGUGGAGUGAGUGCUUUGACUGAUGGAGAUGAAGGAGAAUUAGUCGUGAAUGUCAACAAAGAUAUGGUGAAUGCAUUGGGCCUUGGUCAGGUUACCAGUGAGCCUCCUUCAAAGUUCAGUUUUGUUUCAUGGAAUCUCGAUGGACUAGACGAACGUAACUUAAAGCGAAGGACAAAGGCUGUGUGCAAAAUCAUCUACAUGGAGCAUCCAGAUGUUAUAUUUUUCCAAGAGAUGAUCCCAGAAACAUUCUCCUAUAUUGAAGGAAAGCUGCCAGAGUACAUGUGCAUUGCUGGUAGCACAGAAGGCUACUUCACUGCAACAUUGCUCCGAAGGUUUACCGUGUAUUACGAUUCUCACAGAAUCACAGAGCAUAGUGGUUCACUUAUGAUGAGAAAUCUGCUUACUGUUGAGGCACAUAUUGGCUCAUUGAAACUUCAGCUUGUCAACACACACCUUGAGAGUACCAGGGAUCACUCAGCUGAGCGAAUAAAGCAAUUGAAAGAUUCAUUCAAAAUUGCACAAGAUUUUCCAGAGGACUACACAGUACUUCUGGCUGGGGACAUGAAUCUCAGAGACAAAGAGCUGGAGCUUGCAGGGGGCAUUCCGCCAGGCAUUGAAGACCUGUGGAUCUCGUGUGGUUCACGUAAAGAAUGUCAGUACACGUGGGAUAUGGUACGGAAUUGCAACAAGGAAUUGCCUGGCAAGUUCAAACCUCGUUGCCGAUUUGACAGAGCAUACAUACGACAUUCACAUCCAAAAAGGGUUGUGCCGGCUCAUUUUGGUUUGGUUGGGAUAGAGAAAGUUACCAGUACGCAGUGUUUCCCAAGUGACCAUUGGGGUCUGCACAUACAUUUCAAGAUUGAGAAACCAUGAGACUUUAAAGUGUCCUGAUUUCUUAUGCAGAUAACAAUUACUUGAAGGAAUUGAAUGAUAAAAAGUUUUGUUUAUGUGAAGUCAGUUGUAUUGAGAUCAACAAUAAUAUUCCAGGGUUCACAUUCUUUUUAUGUAUCUUAUAAUUGUGUUCCUUCAUUACUGUAACACUAUGUAUCAAAUAUGUUUAUUGUUGAUGUAAUUUUGCAAGGUUGUAUCUAAAAUAAAGCUAUACCAAACACAGAAACUUGUAAAAUUAUGUA